AAUAAGAUAAUUGGAUCCUCAACAUUGUCCAUACGAGCACUUUUGAACUGUGAAGUCACAAGUAGUUUUAGGAAUUACAACUGACAAAUGCGUUUUAGUAUUCUUCUCAGGAAUACGUCAAAAGAUUAAAAUAUAAUUUUAUAUUUGAUAUGGGAAAGAGAUGAUGUUGUUUUUUUUUUUGUUAAUUUAAAUUAAAUAAAAUGCGUUUGGAAAUACCGGAAUGCAGGCGGUGUUGUUGCUGCUUCCCAUUACGCCAUGGAAUUAUUGUUUUCGGAUAUAUUCAUUUGUUAUUUUCUAUCUUCGUGCUGGCAGUGGAGAUUUACGUCAGCGUAAAACAUGUCUCCUCUGAACACACAAUGGCGCUGUACAAGGGAGUGGCUUUCUACUCGCAAGUCUGGUUUGCGUUUAUCCUCUUCAUAGCUGAGAUACUUUUCAACAUAGUGCUCCUUGUCGGAGCGCAUACGAAAAAGACGCAGCUCCUCCGCGCUUACUACUACUAUGGGAUUACAACAACACUGGCAACUCUCGUCACGUUCAUUGUAAUCAGACACAGUGAACUUUAUAGUCACUUCGGUUUUUACAUUUUGGAAGCUUGUUCCGUUCUCACCAGUUUAGGAAUUCAAGUCUAUCUUCUUCUACUGGUGCGGAGUGAGCUGCUUAAGAUACGCCAGACCAGUCGUCUUUGCUAUGUGAACCACGCCUCAGAAAUAAUUAUCGACACUCCAAUACAAACUGGACGAAAUCCGUUUUAAGACAUAGAUAA